GUAGACUUCUCAUGUCCUGGGAGACAAACAUUCUUGGCUCAGCCAUGAAUAACUGUGUGCUCCUGGAGGAACUGCUGAUCAAAAAAUCCCAGCAGAAGAGAAGGACUUCACCCUCCAACUUCAAAGUGCGCUUCUUUGUCUUAACCAAAUCCAAGCUGGCUUACUACGAACAGCGCCACGGGAAAAAAAGGACUUUGAAGGGUUCUGUGGAACUUUCCAGGAUUAAAUGUGUGGAAAUUGUGAAAAGUGACAUCAUCAUUCCCUGUCAGUAUAAAUACCCUUUCCAGAUCGUCCACGAUAGCUACAUACUCUACGUGUUUGCACCCAACCGUGAGAGCCGGCAGAGAUGGGUCUUCACGCUGAAGGAAGAAACUAGAAACAACAACAGCUUGGUUUCAAAGUGUCAUCCAGAUUUUUGGUUAGAUGGCAAGUGGAGAUGCUGUGCUCAGACAGAGAAGAUGGCACUUGGCUGUGUGGAGUAUGAUCCCUCCAAAAAUGCCUCAAAGAAGCCUCUUCCUCCCACUCCUGAAGAUAACUGGGAAUUGUUUCUAUACCCCAAGGAAGCCUUGGUCAUAGCCAUAUAUGACUAUGAAGCCCAGAAUCCACAGGAGCUGACUUUACAAUAUAACGAGGAAUAUUAUGUGAUUGACAGCUCUGAGGAACAUUGGUGGCUGAUUCAAGAUAAGAAUGGGCACGAAGGCUACGUGCCAAGCAGCUACCUGGUGGAAAAAUCACCCGAGAAUCUGCAAAUGUAUGAGUGGUACAACAAGAACAUCAGCAGAAGCAAAGCAGAAGCUCUCCUCAGGGAUGAGGGUAGGGAAGGCGCCUUCAUGGUGAGAGAUUCGAGGCAGCCUGGCAUGUACACAGUCUCUGUUUUCACCAAAGCAUUAAGCACAGACAACAAUCCUGUUAUAAAGCAUUAUCACAUCAAUGAGACAACUGACUUUCCCAAGCGGUAUUACUUGGCAGAAAAGCACGUGUUUGACUGCAUCCCUGACCUCAUCAACUACCACCAGCACAACGCAGGAGGUCUCGUCACUCGGCUCAGGUAUGCAGUGUCUUCGUGGAGAAAGAAGGCCCCGAUCACUGCAGGGCUGAGCUAUGGAAAAUUGGUCAUUAAUGCCUCUGAGCUCACCCGUGUGCAGGAGAUUGGCAGUGGUCAGUUUGGGGUGGUCUACCUUGGCUACUUGCUGGACAAGACAAAAGUAGCCAUAAAGACCAUCCGUGAGGGAGCAAUGUCUGAAGAGGAUUUCAUUGAGGAAGCUAAAGUCUUGAUGAAGCUGUCUCACCCCAAGCUAGUCCAGCUUUAUGGUGUGUGCUUUGAGAACACUCCCAUAUGCCUGGUGUUUGAGUUCAUGGAGAAUGGCUGCUUGUCCGACUACCUCAGGAGCCAGCGGGGCACUUUUUCAAAGGAAACCCUGCUGGGGAUGUGCCAAGAUGUGUGUGAAGGAAUGACUUAUCUGGAACAAAACUCUGUCAUCCACAGAGACCUGGCUGCCAGGAACUGCCUGGUGGGGGAAUCCCAGGUGGUCAAAGUGUCCGACUUCGGGAUGUCAAGGAUUGUCCUUGAUGAUCAGUAUACCAGCUCCACGGGUACCAAGUUUCCAGUCAAGUGGUCUGCUCCAGAGGUUUUCUCCUACAGCAACUAUAGCACCAAAUCUGACGUUUGGUCAUUCGGAGUGCUGAUGUGGGAGGUCUUCAGUGAAGGUAAAAUCCCCUACGAGAAUCGCACCAAUGCAGAAGUAGUGGAAGAAAUCAAUGCAGGAUUUCGGCUUUACAAACCCAAGCUGGCCUCCAAGGCAAUUUAUGAUGUCAUGAGCCACUGCUGGAGGAUGAGGAAAGACGAGCGGCCACCCUUUUCUCUUCUGCUGUUCCAGCUGAGUGAAAUCUCCGAGUAUGAUCUGUAAUCAUGGCACUGUUCACUCAGCACAGCUGAGA